UGGCGCGUGGUGGCAUACAACUCCCUCGAUCGUUGAUCGGGCAAACUAACACGACGCGAUCGGGCUCACGUGCUAUGUCGCAACCAGGAAAGCCGUUGGCGUAAGAUGGCGUGCUUCUGCCCAAAAGUAUUGCGUUCAUAAUGGCCACCGAUGACCACAGCGGAAAAACAUCCAACACCUCGCCACAAUGCUUCUGGACGUUCUACUAAAGGCAUCUCUCCUUCCCUCUUCUAACUUUCUCUCCUUCAUCCCCCUCAAAAACCAGUUCAGACAGACGUCCUGUGCGGCGCCUGCUCAAAAAUCCAACUUUUCCCAUCCAAAUUUAGCUCUAUAUCUGUAGGUCGUCUUUCGCCAUUUCUCGCUUUCACCUGGUUUCUUACCGGUUCCUGGGCCUUCCCGACCAUCUCGGCUUAAAAAGGCGGUCAUAGAUCUUCUGCGCUUUCCAACGCUCGUUCGCCUUUUCCCCUUCCACUCCCAUGGCUUCUCGUGUUAAGAAGUUCGGAAAGCGCGUCAUCGGCUACCACGAGAGCGUCCCCGUGGUAUCCGUCAAAGACUGGGCCUCGCAUAUUUCCCGCGAUCCUAAGCGCGAUGCGAGAGAGUAUCUUGAGAGUCUCUUCCCCAUCUUACAGUGGAUCACCAGAUACAACUUUGGAUGGCUUUAUGGCGAUGUGAUCGCUGGACUAACUGUCGGCAUGGUCGUUGUUCCUCAGAGCAUGUCGUAUGCCCAGAUUGCGACUUUACCUCCGGAAUAUGGACUGUACUCAGCUUUUGUUGGUGUCCUCAUCUACUGUCUCUUUGCAACCUCCAAGGAUGUAUCCAUUGGACCCGUUGCCGUAAUGUCUCUCACGGUCUCUCAGAUCAUCAAGCACGUUCAGGACAAUCAUCCCGGUGUAUGGGAAGGUCCUCAGAUUGCGACCACCGUUGCAUUCAUCUCUGGCAUCAUCGUCCUUGGUAUUGGUAUCCUCCGGCUCGGAUGGUUGGUUGAGUUCAUCCCGGCACCCGCCGUGAGCGGUUUCAUGACAGGCUCCGCUGUCAACAUUGUCUCUGGUCAAGUCCCGGGCCUUAUGGGUAUCACUGGCUUUGACACACGAGCGGCUACGUACAAGGUCAUCAUCAAUACUCUGAAAGGUCUUCCUGGGACAAAACUCGAUGCUGCAUGGGGCCUGACGGGUCUGUUCGGUCUUUACGCUAUUCGUAUGAUAUGCGAUUUCUUGUCACGGAAGUAUCCUAGAAGAAAGCGCCUUUUCUUCUUUGCCUCCGUCUUCCGCAAUGCCUUCGUCAUUAUUGUGUUGACCAUUGCUUCGUGGCUCUAUUGCCGGCGUCGUCUCAGUGCUUCUGGCAAGUAUCCCAUCAAAAUUUUGCAGAACGUUCCUAGAGGAUUCAAGCAUGUCGGUACUCCUAACAUCGAUGGUGAGCUCGUCAGCGCCCUUGCUGGCCAAUUGCCGGUGGCAACUAUCAUUUUGUUGCUGGAACACAUUGCUAUUUCAAAAUCAUUUGGUCGAGUCAAUGGAUACAAAAUCAAUCCUAACCAGGAGCUCAUCGCUAUUGGCGUGACCAAUCUGAUCGGCACAGUUUUCUCAGCGUACCCUGCAACUGGUUCAUUCUCCCGAUCUGCGCUCAAGUCCAAGUCCGGUGUUCGUACUCCUGCUGCAGGUAUUUUGACCUCUGUGGUGGUCAUCGUCGCCCUCUACGGCCUGACGGCAGCGUUCUUCUGGAUCCCCAACGCAGGUCUCUCCGCCGUCAUCAUUCACGCCGUCGCCGAUCUAGUGGCAUCACCUUCUCAGGUUUACACUUAUUGGAAAGUAUCACCACUAGAGUUCAUCAUCUGGCUCGCCGCUGUUCUCGUCACUAUCUUCUCCUCCAUCGAAAACGGAAUCUACACCUCCAUUUGCGCCUCCCUCGCCCUUCUUCUCAUCCGUGUUGCCAGACCGCGUGGCUACUUCCUUGGCAAGGUCACUCUUUACUUGGACAGUACAACCAAGUCUCAACCCACCGACACUCGCGAUGUUUAUGUUCCUCUCAACCCGAAAGCAAGGCUCAUGAAUGCCGACGUGAAGGUGAUCCCGCCUGCACCCGGCAUUAUCGUCUAUCGUCACGAAGAGAGUUUGGUCUACCCGAACGCUUCCCUUGUCAACACUACUCUUCGGGACUAUGUUAAGGAACACAUGAGGAGAGGCAUUGAUAUGAGCACUGUGAAGCUGAGCGAUCGACCAUGGAACGAUCCCGGACCGAGGCCUGGACAUGACGAGAAUGCGGAGAACUUGAAGAAGCCAUUAUUGAAGGCUAUAGUACUGGACUUCGCCGCUGUCUCUCAAAUUGAUACCACUGGCGUACAAACUCUCAUUGAUACCAGGAAUGAAGUGGAAAGGUGGACAGAUGCACCGGUGGAGUUUCACUUUGCCACCAUCCUCUCUCCUUGGAUCCGUCGCGCCCUCGUCGCUGGCGGCUUCGGCACUGGCGCACCGAGUUCCAGUCUACCAAAAGAGAUCGCUGCGGUCGUUCCGUACCGAGGGGACCGCUCCGACUAUGCCGCACCUGAAAAGUCCGAUGACAUUGAAGAGCAAAUAGCGACCUCCAACAGUGAAACGUCAAUAUCGUCCCCAGCCGCACCUAUAGCGCUAGAAGACACUCCAUUCUUCCAUCUAGACAUCGUCCAAGCUGUACGUGCAGCAGAACGAAAUGCCUUAGACACUAGCGACAGGGCGAGUGUGACUGGCAGCGAGCGAAGCACGUCGAAGCUAUAGACUGCUUUGGAGGUGGAGAUGGGAUCGGGAAGCCUGGACUUGCCGUCUUUGGUAGUGUACUAUACUAAUAUGGUAGACAGAGACCCUGUUUUGGAUGAACGUCAUGACUGCAUACUGUGCAUGCACUUACAAUGUAAUACUAGCAUACGCCGCGUUACGACACUAUUCGUUAAAAGGG